AGUACAUACUGUUUGCGUUAUAUGUGCAUGCCUCUGUAAGCAAGACAGGGAGGAAGUCAAGAAAGAAGAGAACACAAGAAACGCAGAGGACAGAGGUUUCAGUGAUAUGAUGGAGCAACCAAACCAAUGGCUUACCCAGACGGAACAGGAGGAGCUAGCUUACAUGUACCAGGAAGAAGGGGGUCCAGUACCUGUACCCGGUAGGGGGCAGCAGUUUGCAGAGCCACCGCUACCUGGCCGUGAAGCGCAGUGCUACACGCCGCCGAUGGCAAUCCCGACGUUCAAUCCAUCUCGCAGCUCCAAUUUCCCGAGCUUUGGGGGCUCGUCGUCAUUGCCGAGCUUACCAUUCGGAUCGGCAAUGGUGAAGAACGAGCUGGGGCAACCGGCUCCGCCGCCAUCAUCCAACUUCCUCUCCGUCGGAGCUGGCCAGGCUAGCACCCUGAGCUUCUCCGGCUGGAAGAGCAAUGGAGUCCAAGGGAUGAUGCAGCAGCUGCAGGCGCCGGAGAGGUGGGGCAGGGCGCCGCAAGAGCACGUCAUCGCCGAGCGCAAGCGGCGGGAGAAGCUGCAGCAGCAGUUCGUGUCCUUGGCCACCAUCGUCCCCGGACUCAAGAAGGUGCGUGACAAGACAGGUUGGCUCCAUUUAUGUGAUCACCAGACACCAGGUACCUGCAGGCUGCAGCUUAAAUAGUUGGUCAUUGCCAUAUUAUUCAGACUGACAAGCUCUCUCUGCUGGGGAGUACCAUCGACUACGUGAAGCAGCUGGAGGAGAAGGUGCAGGCCCUAGAGCAAGGCUCACGGAGGUCGUCAGAGUCCAUGGUGUUCGAUAGCAAAUGCAACAUAUCCCUCCCGACAACGAUGCAGCAGGCCCCAGCGGGAGCGGCUCCAGGUCCGGGUACUCGAGCCCAGACAUUGAGGCCAGCAUCCGAGGGAACACGGCACUACUGAAUAUCUGCUGCAAGAAGAGGAGAGGGGUGCUGGUGAUGAUCCUGACCGAGCUCGAAAAUCAGGGCCUGUCGAUCAUAAACACCAACAUCAUACCGUUUACGGGCUCCUGCCUCAACAUCACCAUCACGGCAAAGGCAAGGCCCCUCUGCCUUGCUCAUAUAUACAUUGUGCAAAAGUAGUAACAACUUGCAAGAGAAUAAACUGUGAUUUGUUAGUAUAUAAUUCUAAUGAAUAUAUGAUCAGAAGAUUGACAUGCUCACUUUUCUCCAGAUCGAAGAGGGAGUUCUGUCCGCAGUUGAGCUCGUGAAAAACUUGAAAAUGGCCCUCAGAAGUUUCAGCUGGAAGUAGAA